AUCGCUAUUAGGUUUACGUCUGGGCUCAGAACCUUGGUCGAGCGGAUCGCUCGCGGUGUGCGGAGCGCGCCUGCUGGAGCCACCCGGAAGUGGAGGAUCGAGGAUGGCUGAGGCUCCCAGUGAAGGAGAAAGUCGAACAGCUUCGGAGGAAGAGGAACAUGGCUCUGAGCCAGCACAGGACAGCGAAGGAGAGGCGUUUGAAGAGGAACUGCAGCAAGCGAUGCUUCAACGCGUUGAACAGAUGCUCUAUGGCAACAGUGGCUUGCCGAUCCAAGCGCCCAAGGAACCGGAGCCCUACUGGCCCGGGGAAAGCAUGGGAGACCAGCUGGGAGCCCUACCGGAAAACCGCUGAAAAGUGGUGGAAGGAAGAGGAUCCGAAAUCGCCCACGACUCCAAACUCAGAAGCAGCGCCGGGCGUGGUGUCCCAAAGCUCUCGGAAGGAGGACAGCUCGCAGUCUGAAGCCAGCUCCGGAGAGGAGGCGAACACCGCACCGGUGGACACCUCGGCGGUGGCCAAGGCAGUGGAGCUGGCGCAGCAGCUGAGGCAAGAGGCUGAGGAUGCGGCGCAGAAGCGGCGCCAGAACCGCCGCAAGAACGAGGACACGCGAGCUUCGGAGCUGGGUCUCGCGCGUGAUGCGUCUUGGGCCUUCCAUUUGUGCUGCCUUGAUGUGGCCAAAGCUUCUCCAGGACGGAUUUGAGUGGCGACACCGAGCACGGCGGACGACACCGAGGACGCGAGCUGCGGCAGGGGAGGGCGUCGACACGAAGACGAGUCGGGCCGUUUGCGUCGGUGAGAGGUUUGGCGAGUCGUUCGGAGGGUGGAGGAGCGGAACGACUGAACGGACGAUUGGUAGGUACUGAACGUGACGUAGUAACCUGGGGCGCGGAAGGGUGUGGAGAGAGUAGAGAGCGGUUUGGGAAUGUUUGGUUUGGUUUGGGAAUGUUUAGUUCAACCAUCGGUGGGUGAAAUUCUUGGAUUUGAGGACGGACCAGGAUUGACUGGGGGGACCGCGAACCAAGGCUGUGUUCCCUGAGCACCUCCCUUGAACCAUGUCAGUUUCUGCGAGUGUUCAAACGCCCCGCGAAUGCGGCGCAUUUGUCUGUCGGAUGUUGAUUGAAUGUCAUUUUUUUCGGGGUCAAGCAGAGAGGCAGUUUUUAGAUCCAAGGUUUGAAAGCAACUGUUGCUGAGGCAUUUUGAGGGAGGAAAAAAGCAAGUCUCACGAACACUCAGAACGAGGCAUGCGUGAGGCAGGCAGUUUCCAGUUUCUAGACGUUUCUACCAUUUGACUCGGCCAGAUGGUAUGGACCACCCAUUUGCUGGACUUGUUUUUGGCGCAUUCUGUGAGAUGUGGCGAGCGGGUCUUCCUGGAGGACCAAGGAGUUCUGACUUUCUCCCGCACUACCUGUCCUGCCGCCAGUACGUUGAGAAGACUUCAAAGCAGAGGCACUGUACAAGCGAGAGUUGCAGCUUUUGGAGAAGCACUUGUCGCGAGGCAGAGGAGUUUGGCCAAGGACUUCAUGCGGCCGGUGACUGGGUAUGACCUGAACUCGCCAGGCCUUCAUGCGUAAAUUCUGGGACUCUGCGAAAGCGAAAUAGGGAAAGCGGAGAAGUACGGAAGCUUGGAACUCGCAAUUCUUCAGGGGCCAAAUGACUAUGGCUUGCAAAAGAAGGUAAGAUCCAAAUCCCGUUGGUACAAGACUGACCAGGCCAAAGCGUGUGGGUCCAAGGUUGUUGUAUUUCAGCCACACGAAGUGUAGAAACGUGAAUACUCUUGAUUGACUCUGUGACAAGCCGUUCCGCAAACGCGGGAGAAGGCUUGGAGGCAGCGACACGGAAACAUCGCUUGCGAGUUGCCAAAGAGUGGUGGAGUCAAGUUGAUUAUUGGAAGAUGUGAAAAUUGUUGAAUGAUAAAGAUGAUUUGCAAGUUGAAAUCAGGUUGGAGGCCAUCGCUAGUAGUAAACCG